AUGUGGGAUUACAUCGUUGUCGGCGGUGGGCUGGCUGGCUCUGUCGUUACAAAUCGCUUGCUGAAACACGAUGCUUCCCUGAGGAUCCUUGUCCUCGAGGCUGGACCGGAUGUUAGUAAUCGUACAGACAUCUUGUAUGUCAACUCGACAAACCUGAUCCAGGGCGACUUCGACUACAAUUACCAGACUGUCCCGCAGGUCCAUCUGGACAACCGACAGAUUGGAAACUCCGGUGGACGAGCACUUGGAGGAGGCUCCGCCAUCAACACAUGUGGAUGGACUCGUGGCCCCAGACUUGACUAUGAUCUCUGGGCACAAACAGUCGGCGAUGAUCGCUGGAGCUAUGACGGUCAGCUUCCGUAUUUCAGGUCCACAGAGGACUGGUGCGACGAUAAUCAAAACCCUGAUCAGCAUGGCCAUGAAGGACCAUUGUACGUUGCCUCGGUCUCGUCCACCGGCCGCCAGUAUCCAUUACGAGAUCAAGUUGAACAAUCCUGGCACGAGAUAGGGGUCGAGACGAUUCCAGAGCUGGAUGGAAAUGCAGGCAAUACUUUAGGUGUCAGCGAACUGUUUGAAAACCGCCGUGAUGGCAAACGCCAGAUCGCCAGUGUUGUAUACCCGCUCAACGGAGCAACAGUUCUCACCAAUACGCUAGUGGAUUCUAUCAUCAUUGAAAAGGACAGUGAUGGCAAUGCACAGGCGACUGGAGUGCGGCUUGCCAACGGCAUCGAGUACAAGGCCAGGCAAGUGAUCGCAUCCGCAGGGGCAUAUCGAACGCCGCAGCUGCUGAUGUUGUCGGGCAUUGGACCUUCGGAGACACUAUUAUCUUUGGGUAUCGAAACGAAGCUAGACCUGCCAGAUGUGGGUAAAGGCCUUGCGGAUCAUGUCAUGUUCUCCAUGUUCUGGAAGCUCAAGAAUCCCGAACUCGGGUAUGCCAUUGGCUCAUCGAACCCGCUCUUCCAGGAGCCACAGUUCGGUCUUGGGAACGCAAACAACUUCAUUACUUCUACGGCUGUUCCGAAAGAUGGUCUCGCUGAGGCCAUAGCCAAAGACGAAGGCCGUACCCCAGACCCUACCUCUCAUCCUUUGCUCAAGGAUACGCACGCGAUGAUGGAGAACUUCGUGCUUUAUCUACCGCUGCCAGCUGCAGACCCCAUUCUUCCCACAAAUGGAACCUGGAUCACCACCACCAUGGUAGGCCUGCAACCGACAUCCAAGGGUUCUGUCACGAUCUCGUCCAAGGACCCAAAAGUGCCCCCAGUCAUCGAUCCGAACUAUUUUGCUACCGAGGUAGACAAGUACGUCUGGCGGGAGUCGAUCCGCCAGAUGGUGUCUCUAGUCUCCGGAAACCAGACGGUCUUAGGUCGCGAUAUCAUCGAAGUUGAGACACCUCCGAGCAGCUUCGACCCGAUCAACUCGGGCGUGAGCGACGAAUACCUUGACGCCAGGGUCCGUACCAGUGGGAUUUCAACCUACCACGGGAUGGGUACUUGUGCCAUGGGAAAAGUAGUCGAUGCUAAUCUUAAGGUUAAGGGUGUUCAGGGCUUAUUCGUUGUGGAUGCUUCCGUGUUUCCUGUGGUUCUUGGCGCACAUAUCCAGGCAGCCACAUACGCACUGGCUGAGCAAGCCGCUGGAAUUAUAUCGACGAACUCGUUAAUUUAA